UGUCGAUGCCAGUUGUUAGACUGUUAAUUGCAGUUGACUUUGACAAGUUCCAAGUCUCCUACUGGUUAUUAAUCGGCUUAUCAUUUUCUUCAACGCUAUCAUAUUUAUAAGGCGCCUAUGCAUGAGAGGCCUUCUUCUCUUGACCAGUGGGCAUUCUUCACUUGCUCGUGAACUACCUCAGGAACUCAAUCCUCUCAAUGGGUGAUGCUGUACUCUCAGCCUUUCUGCAAGUCCUUUUUCAGUCCAUCGCAGAAUUUUUGAAGAAGGAGCUGCAAUCUGAAUGUCAUCUUGAUGAAGAGAGGAAAAGUUUGAUUUCUAAUGUGGACAUGAUUCAGGCUAUUCUUAAAGGAGCUGAGAAGAAGACAUGGCUUUCCGAGUCACAGAAAUUAUUGUUUGCCAGCCUGAAAGAUGCUAGCUACCAUGGGAUGGAGGUAUUGGAUGAGUACUUCUAUGAAGUUCAACGCCGCCAGGUGAUCCAUUUUGCCAAUUUGCGUAAUAGCCGUCCAUAUUCUGAUUUGAAUCCUUUACGUAUGAAGUUUAGGCAUGAUAUGGAAAAGAAGAUUAAGGAUUUUGCUAGGACAAUUGAUUGUAUCAAAGAAAUAAAAGAAAUGCAUUUGGCCUUUCAAGCAGAUGCCCAUGGCCAUGGAAGCCAGCACUAUGAAGGUGGUGGGCUCGAUCCAACCACCUUGCUUCCUCCAACUGUGGUUUGUGGUAGAGAUAAUGAUCAGGAAAAGAUUGUUGGUAUUCUUCUCCAGCCUAAUCUGAAGCCCAAUGAUGAAGUCUUGCCAAUAGUGGGGGACGCUUAUGUUGGGAAGACAACUGUGGCUCAGCUAGUCCUCAACGAUGAGCGUGUAUCUAUGCACUUUGAACUGAAGCUGUGGGUUCAUGUGUCACAUGAGUUCAAUAUAGAAAGGAUCACUUCAUCUAUCGUAGAAUCCAUACAAGGCUUUCCAUCUCAUUCUUACAGCCUGAAUACCCUCCAAAUGCGCCUGGAAAAGCUGCUACGAGGAAGAAGGUAUCUCCUUGUUCUGGAUGAUUACUGGAGUGAGAACUGGGAGGACUGGGAUAAGCUCAAACGUUCAUUAUAUAUCAGUGGCGUUGGGGGAGGCAAGAUAAUUGUGACAACUAGGAGUAGACAAGUUGCUCGAGUUCUAGGUAAUGCUCCAUAUGUGUUGCAACAUCUGCAAGAAAAGGACUGCUGGUUAUUAUUCUGCCAGUGUGCCCAGGGCACAGGAAGUCAUGUGCAUAAUUAUGGAGAUAACCUAGACAGAAGAUUGAAGGAUGAAGUUUUACAGAAGUGCAAGGGUGUACCUUUCAUAGCAGCAAGUUUAGGAUAUAGCAUUUUCCAGCACCAGGAGAAUGACAGAAGCAAGUGGGUAGACAUUUUGCGGAAGGAAUGGGAUUCUAGCACCAGUCAUUUCAAUAAAGCCCACCGAUUGAGUUAUGCACAGUUGGACUCCCAUCUCAAGCCUUGUUUUGCGUACAGUUCUAUUAUUCCACGAAAGUUCCAGUUUGAGAAGGAAUGGCUUAUCCAGCAUUGGAUGGCUCAAGACUUCAUUAUACCUGAUAAGAAUCGUGACUCCAGGGAAACAAUUGAGGACACUGGACGAUCUUACUUCAGAUCUUUAGUUAACCAAUCCUUUUUUCAGAGAGCACACGUUGGCUGCUCUGGAGAAGAACACAGUUACAGCUUUUCUGAAAUGAUGCACAAUCUUGCUUCACAAGUCUCGGGUGCGGACUGUAAAUGUUAUAUGAUGGGAGAACCUUACAACCUUCCAGCAAAAGUCAGGCAUUUAACAGUAGUGUUCAAUAAGGUUGCCAGUCAAGACAUGUUUGAUGUGAUUUCCUGUGGUGAGUUCUUGCACACAUUUAUAGUUUUGGGUGGCUCUGAGGAUUUGGAACUAAAAAUCCCUGAUGACAUUGGUAAGAGAUUUACAAGGCUACGCACUUUGGAUUUUAGUAAUUUUGGUGUGACUAAUCUGCCUAAAUCGAUUGGAAAAUUGAAACAUCUUCGGUGCCUCCAGCUUCAAGGCACCAAGAUCAAAUGCUUACCCCGGUUAAUUUGUGAACUCUACAAUCUUCAAACAUUGGGCCUCAGAAACUGUUAUGAUCUGGAAGAGUUGCCACAUGAAUUAAAGAAUCUUCGCAAGCUAAGGCAUAUUGAUCUGGCAAUGACUCGUGAUCCCUGGCGCAAUUUCUGCAGCUUGAGAUCUAUGCCCAAGGAUAUAGGGUUGUUGUCUGAUCUUCAAACACUCUCAAGAUUUGUCAUAAGCAAGACCUCUCUUGGGGUCUACACUCACAAAGGUGGUAUAGGGGAGUUGGCCAAUUUGAAUAAUCUCCGUGGGAAACUUCUCAUUUCAAAUCUGCACCAUGUUGAAGGUGCGCAAGAUGCUGCCCUGGCGAAUUUGGCUUCCAAGCAGUUCCUUCAAAAGCUGGAGCUGUCAUGGGGAAACAAUAACAAAAAAGCUGAUGAAAUUCUAGAGAACCUAAAGCCACCCACCAAGAUUAAGGAGCUUACCAUUUCUGGUUACACCAGCAUGGCAUGCCCUAGCUGGCUUGGUUCUGCAGAGUACACAAAUCUCCUCACCGUGUGCCUCUAUGAUUUUAAGAGUUGCAGUGUUCUCCCUUCCCUUGGCAUGUUGCCUCUUUUAGAAAACCUCCAUCUGAAAGGUUGGCAAAGCUUGGUUUCCAUAGCUUGCAGCAGAUUUUGUUGUAGAAGUAUGGCUAGUUUCCAAUCUCUGAAGAAGCUACAUUUGGAGAGGAUGGAGAUAUUAGAGAUCUGGGAUGGGGAAGAGAAAUGUGCUUUCCCUAGUCUUCUUGAGCUUGUUAUCGAGAAUUGCUGCAAGCUGGAACAAGUCACUCACUAUCUCCCUUCACUGGCAAAGCUAACCGUGGAAGGGUCACCAAGUUUCCAAGGCCUUUGGAGCUUCCCAUCUCUAAAGUACUUGAGUGUAAAUGCAAGUGGUGAGUGGAUUUUGAGAUCAUGGCCUUCCCUUUUUUCUCCUAUAUCCAUCACCCUUUGCAAAUUGCCGACAGUACGCCUACCCUCAGGGCUUGGACUGUUCCAUACAUCUUUGCAACGCCUUGAGAUCAGUCACUGCGAGCAACUGCAGUACAUACCUGAGGAUUGGCCACCAUGCAAUCUGACUCACUUCUCUGUAAGGUAUUGCCCCCAACUUCGUGAACUGCCAUGGGGCAUAGAACGCUUGCAAGCAUUGGAAGACAUGGAGAUUGUUGCUUGUGAGCAGAUUACUUACCUCCCGGAGAUGAUUGGUCUUUGUUCGUUAAUAAGGCUAGAGAUUUCAGACUGUGGUUCUGUUCAGUCCCUGCCAAAUAGAGGCUUGCCUAGCUCAGUGCAGGUCGUGAGCAUUAACAAUUGCCCUCUGCUUGCACGGUCUUGUAGGAAUGAGGGGAUUGCAGAUCGUGGCAGCAUCUUAUUAUGGAUUGAUGGCCAUGAAGUGUCCGCUGCUGCUGACUAGUGAACUAGCAUCACUUUGUUACCCUGCCAUAAAUCCAGAGAGAUUAAAAGGGUUUCUCUGUUGUGCAUCAGUUUCAAAGAAGACUUGUGAUCAUGCAGUCCUUUGUUCUCCGUUGCACUGUUGUGAUCAUGCUUUGGAUGGAUGUUUUCUUGGUGAUCUAAGUUUCAGUUUGUAGGGUUCCAACAAGGGCUGCCCGCCCGGCGAUGUUUAAGUGACGACCGGGCCAAAUGAAGGGAAAAUACCUUGUGAAUGUAUCGUCGAAGAUAACGUGGUUUCAUGCUAUGCACGCUGUAUGCUAAGUAUAUGUGUAGGCAUAUAACCUUGGUAUUUUCUCCUGAUUUGUACUACAAGCGCCACUCUUUUGUAGCCUUCCUUUCAUCCGCCAGAAGAGAAGAAGUUCAUAUAUAUAUACUUAAGCAA